AUAAGAAAAAAAAUAAAAAUAUAGUGGAAAACAACUAUUCUUAAAAAAAUGUGCACAUGCGAAAAGAGCAGCAAAUUAUUCAACGGUAUCAACAAAUAAUAAAUAGUGAAAAUCUCUAGCAUCUAAAACUAGAGCGAAAAUAUACUAAAUACGAAAACCACCGAAAAUGGGUGGAGGAAAAGAUAUACGUCGUGGCUUGGAGCCUUUGGAAUUUGAAGAAUGCAUUGUCGAUAGUCCAGAGUUUCGAGAUAAUUUGAAUAAACAUGAAAAGGAGCUGGAUCAUACUAGUCAUCAGAUAAAGCGAAUUAUAAAAGAGGUCAAAGACCUUAUGAGUGCAGCAAAAGUACUUUCUACGCGAAUGAAACAGUUAGCAAUUUUGCUAAACGACUUCAACUUUGAAUGCAUUGGCACCGCACAAACGGAUGAUGAGAAUGUCAUUUGCGAAAGCCUUAAGCGUUUUGGUGCAAUUAUUGGUAACAUUGAAGAUGAGCGCGAGAAAAUGCUUACUUUAGCUGAUAAGCAUAUUAUCGAGUCGCUGGAGGACUUCAGAAAAAAACAAAUCGGUGGCGUAAAGGAAAACAAGAAGAAGUUCGACAAGAAAACAGAAAAGUUUUGUCAAUCACAGGAACGUUUUCUUAACAUGUCCACUAAAAAGCCCGAAAACACAAUACAGGAGGCCGAUGCCAGUUUGGGCAUGCAUGAGCGCGAAUAUAUCCAGGAGUCCUUAAGCUAUGUCCUGCGUAUACAAGAAGUGCAGGAAAGAAUUAAAUUUGAGUUCGUUGAAAUAUUGCUUGCCUUUAUUUCCGGCUGGUUGGUUUUUUAUCACACAGCCCACGAACAAGCUGAAGAUCAUCGCGAUUAUCUGCAAGAUUUAAGACACAAAGUGCAGAAGACGCGCGAAAAUUUUGAAGAAGCUCGUGAAAAAGUGACUGAGCUCAAAACCAAGUACAUGGAAAAGCGCACGAAACCUGAGGAGAUCUUCACCAAACGUGGCUAUCUGUUUUUAAUGGAAAAAAAGCCAUUUAAAGCAGCAUGGACAAAAUACUAUUGCACAUUUAAAAAGCAGAAGCGAGAGUUUACCAUGUUGCAGUUUAAUCAGAUGAAUCACAACUUUACAAAGCCUGAAGCACGAGAGGAUGAGAAGCUGACAUUGUUCUCUUGCCAGCGACGAGCUUCCGAAUUCGAGAAGCGAUUUUGCUUUGAUUUGACGUUUAAGGAGAAACCAGGCAUCGUGUACACAUUUCAAGCGUUGAGCGAGAAAGACUACCGCUCCUGGCUAAGUGCAAUGGAUGGCACGGAGCCGACAUUUAUGGCACCUGGUAAGAUAAAAGCUAACGAAGCAUAUCAACUAGAUGAAACCGGCUUCAUAUUUGUUCGCCGAUGCAUUAAUGUUCUGGAAAGUCGUGGCCUUGAGGACGAAGGUAUUUAUCGUAAGAGUGGCGUGGGUACCAAAAUUAGCAAGCUGCUGGCCCUGGGUAUGAGCCGAAAAGAUACAGAGGAUGUUUUUAUCGAAGAAAAAUAUCGGGAGCUAAUGGAAAGCAAUACAAUUGCUAGCGCUCUGAAAAUGUAUCUUAGGAAUCUGAGUGAACCGCUGAUGACUUAUCACUAUCAUACUCAUUUCAUUGAAGCCGCCAAACAAGAAGGCCUCCACCAACGCAUAAACGAAGUCCAUAAACUAGUCUACAAGUUACCACAGCCCAAUUUUGAGAUGCUUGACAUGGUAAUUAAGCAUUUGACCGAGGUUUCGCGAAAGUACGACAAGAAUAAAAUGUCUGUCUUUAACCUUGGAGUAGUAUUUGGACCAACAUUGUUACGUCCGCUUGAAGAGACUGUUGCUGCCAUACUGGACAUUAAGUUCAACAAUAUUGUUAUUAACAUACUUAUCGAUAACUACGAGCGGAUCUUCAGGAAUGACCCAAGUAGUGAUGUGAUUGUGCCUACGUCUACAUCCAGUAGCAUACAUCAUGGUAGCAACAGUCCACCAAUGCGUAUGCCUCGCGCUUCCCAAGCAUGCAAGGCACUUUCUACAGGUGGCGCGGGUAGCACCACCGGACGGAGUCCAAUAUACAGCCCACAGCAAAAAAUCUAUCAUCUUGUUAACAAAGCGAAUUGCGAGGAACCAAUUAACUCAACCAGUUUACAAAAUAUUCCAAAUGGGAUCAACUUUCCCCCCGGACCAUCCAGUGCCAAUAGCAGUACACCUACAGGGGGAUCGAUCGGAACUGCUGGCUCCGACGGUGGAGGCUGCUCGGUGGCCCCUCUACAUGCUUCAAAUGGAGUUCGUCCGUCAACAUUAGGCAGCAUUAAAAACCUACACACAUUAACACUAGCCGAAAUAAGUUCACGUCGGCUGACCGGCAGCUCGACAGGUGCCACCAACGAAGGUGCGUCAUUGCAGACGCAUCAUGCGGCACUCACAAACAGUAUCAGUAAUUUACGACAUCCAGAUUACGUAUUGUCAACGGUCACUCCGGUAACGCAAUCAGUAUCUAAUAGCCACAUCUAUACGAACAUUUCUGGUGCUGGUGCCACCACCAGCAACCUUUUGAGUAUGAAAAAUGCAUCUCCGCCUUCUGCAAUGCGAAAGGAGCGUUUAUUGGCUACCGGGGGAGGCAAUACUGUCAGUGGACCGCAACAACACCCACCUGUGCAACUCAGCCAUUUUGGUUACGGUCAUAGUAAACACUAUUCUCCAUUGAUGGCCGCUUCCACGUCCAGCUCCAAUGAGAGCAUGUGCGACUCACUUUCUUCAAAUAAUGGAAUGGGCACCGCGAUCGUAUCGAACACCAACAGCGUGAGCAUAGGACAUCAUUUAAACACAAGGAACUCAAACGAAUAUACGCCUUUUACGUCGCAGACUUCAUUGAUGCCUGCAAUACUGGGAUCCACUAGUGACAGCAUCGUUAUGGCGACCGCGGCACCACCCAAUCUAGGGGGCAACUUAAUGGGUAACAUGGGCGGCGGUGGAACAACCAAUGAAAGCUUUGACUAUCCGCCAACUAAAAUGCAUCGUAAUCGUGACAUUAACCAAAUAAAACGGGACCUGUCUACAGGAGCGGCACGCGUACGCACACUAUAUGCAUGCAUGGGAGAAAGCGAAGGGGAAUUAUCCUUUGAGCCCAAUCAAAUAAUAACUAAUGUGCGGUUCUCCCAUGAGCCUGGAUGGUUGCAGGGCACACUGAACGCGAUCCUUUUGCUUUCUGUGUAUGUCUGUAAGCAGCGUUUAGAUUAUAUUGAUUUCCGCAUCUGCCGAUGAUAAAGUAGAUGGAUAAAAUCCAACAACAAAAAUAUCUUGCUUGUACACACAUUUGUUGCAUCUACAUUUUUUAACUAUCAGCAUAGAUUUAUUGACUUAUUGCUUUACGCUUCCAUUUGUUGCUUAAUUAUAAUAAUAAAUUUAAAAAAAUGUAUGUCUAUAAAUAUAA